CUGAUUUUUCACAUAUGUAACGCAGUGAAAGAUAUCGCGUUGUGAUCGAUGGGGGGAGGGGAGAAAUGGUGAUGGUUGUUUGAGGGAGAGGAGGUGGUGGUCAAGUGAUCCAACACUUGCUCCAGUCGCAUACAGCUUCGAGGGAUUUUAUGCCCCCUCCUGCCGCAGGCGGCGCCACUCGGGCCUUCUUUCCUUCUUUCGCCUCUAGGCCAUUCUCGAGAGGCGCGCGCGCCAACGCGGUCUCCACCAUCGGCUACUCACGAACCUUUCAACCGAUAAAAAUCCUCUCCCUCCCCUUCUUCUCUCCCUUCUCCCUCCCCCUCAUGUAUCGCCUGCGUAUGUGCGUAUGUUUGUAUCUAGUUAUCGUAGACAUCAUCGGGAUUAUCCGGGACCAUCGAAUUUUCAUAAUUUCAAAGUUAAUCAACAGAUUGAAUUUUUGUCUGUCCACGUUGGGCACGUGACUACUUGUUUGUCCGUCAAUAUUCUCACGGUGUGUGCGUUGAAGUUUGUGAUUAAUUCAGUGACAAUUGUGCGAUAAGUAUGAUAUUAACGACUAUCAGGUUGGUUUGAAAAUCUAGUGUUCAAGGUUAUGAAAAUCGCUAGACAUAUGGAUACAUAUGGCAGUGUUGUGGUAAUUGUUUAUUGCUGAAUAUUGUCGUCAGCUGGUUGAUUUUGGCGGUUGUGAUGUUCGGGGAUUUUUACGACGGCCGAAAGUACUCGGACAGUUGACGUCAAUUGGUAUUGGCUGGACCUGGAGGUUGGAACAAUUGAUGACGGUGUACAUUAUCAGGGAAAAUUGUGUAUCGAGGCUGAAAGUGUUGUCGACAAAGUGAAAUUGUAAAUACUGUUGCAGUAAAUAUUUCAUCACUGGAGAGACCAGAACGAGGUGCGUCAUCUUGAAGACUUUUGGACAAUGGGACUUUGAUCAGAGGCCGUGAUUGGAUAAUAAUAGAAAACGAUGACGCUGGAUAUAGUCGAGGAUAAGAGGGACUAAUGAAUAGUGAUUGGGUUUGGGUGAAAUAAAUGAUAUAAAAUCGUGGUGGUGGUGAUCAGGGUGAAUACGAAUGGAUAUCACUUUGGAUAACGCGAUAUUCGCGAGCAAUGUCACAUAUCGAGGAUUCUGGUAGUAAUAGAAGUUGUAACAGGGUGGAAAAACGUAACGCAAUGUCACCACUUGAUGAAGUAGCAUCACCAACUAGUGUUGAAUCUGAACUCAUGGUUACGGAUAUGCUCGAUGAUCAGGUACUGGAUAGAAGUCCCAGUAAACGGAAGCGUGAUAAUGACACUGAUGUUGUGAGAAAACUUCCCCCACUGUCCACCAACAAUAACAACAAUGAUGUGGCAUUCGUGCUGGAUGACAAUACCGAUGAUACACUCCAGGAUGACAUCGAGGACGACCGUUUGACGAGUCAUGGUGGCAUAUCCACCCUUGGGGGUGGCAAUUCAUCGCCCUACUCGGGUGCCCAUCAUCAUGGACACCGAGGAAAUGGCAAUGGUGGUGGUGGUAUGCCCCAUCAUGCUGGUGCAUCCUUACCAACUGCAUCAGAUUUUCAACCACCCUAUUUUCCACCCCCCUUUCCCACCCAUCAUCAUGCACCGGCAAGUCCACAGCAUGGCCUUGGACAGCCCCAACAUCUCGAUUAUCUCGUCGGUGAUCCUUAUACUCAAACCCUUAAUACACUCCAUCAGCAUCAUUACAAUCAUCUCAGUGCAGCUGUUUCCGCUGGACAGAGGAGCGGAGAUCUCAGGAGGGACGCCGAGGGUAUCCACGUGACGAAUAUGCACGCAUCCUUCCCCUACGACGGAAGUCGUGGAAGCGCCGGUGGCGGUGGGGGCGGGGGUGGCAGGGGUGUGGACUCCUAUGGAGCUGUCCGACGUCCGGAUGCCCUCCUACCACCACCGGGACUCGAUCAGACUGAUCUUCUGCACACGAGUCUCGUUGACGACCCCCAGGUGAGCGACGAUAAUACAAAUGUCGAUGAUGGGGGAUUCAUGAAUGACCUUCCACUCUUAAAAAAUAUGAAACAAUCAGACCGGGGUGAGAAGGGUAUGCUGUCGGGUAAUACACAGCCAUCUGAUGUCUUCUGUUCCGUACCAGGAAGACUGUCGUUAUUAAGCAGCACCAGCAAGUACAAAGUCACGGUCGCCGAAGUACAGAGACGGCUGUCACCGCCGGAGUGUCUCAAUGCUAGCUUACUCGGUGGUGUUUUACGAAGAGCGAAAUCGAAAAAUGGCGGUCGGUUGUUGCGAGAAAAGUUGGAGAAGAUUGGCUUGAAUCUACCCGCUGGAAGGAGGAAGGCAGCCAAUGUGACACUGUUGACGUCUCUCGUUGAAGGAGAGGCUAUUCACCUUGCCCGAGACUUUGGGUACGUCUGUGAGACCGAGUUUCCGGCGAAACAAGUCGCCGAAUACCUGAGUCGACAGCAUUGUGAGCCACAGGACUCGUACAGGAGAAAAGACUUACUCCUUGCCACCAAACAAAUCACCAAAGAGCUGAUGGACCUGUUGAAUCAAGACAGAUCGCCCCUGUGUAAUACUCGACCACCUCACAUUUUGGAUCCAAGUAUACAAAGACAUCUGACAAAUUUUUCGUUAAUAUCGCACGGGUUUGGUAGUCCAGCAAUAGUAGCUGCCCUCACGGCAAUUCAGAAGUUCCUAACCGAGUCACUAAAUCACAUGGAGAAGAUGUAUCCGGGUAAUGGAAGCGGAGUAACAAGCAGUCAACAGUCGAGCCUAGAUGCUAACAAGAACAAGGACAAUUCCCUGAUGAACGACAUGAAGAAGUGACGUCCAGAAGACUCGCCUACCUCUAACGUGGUCACGUCAAUCAGCCACUCAUGGCCCUACAACUAAUGUGUAGUUAUUGUUCAAUAUGGACCACAUCUGUGUACUUCGAUUGGAGGUUGGCUGGUCAAAUCCAACGAAUACUCAUUUAAUUCAAUUGUAAAUUGUUCUUUUUUUCUCUCUCAAAACUGUAUUCUUUAAUUAUAAAUUAAUGUCAAGUUGGUGCAAGUCCACAAAGGCACAUACAAAUUCAUAUCAGCCUUGGACCAUAUCAAUUUUACCUUAAAAAUGUUAUACGUAAUUAUUCAUAUUUUCUUCUUGUGUAAAUAUUCGUUUUUAUCAUUAUGUUCAACUCCUCUUAUCUUGAUGGAGGUGAAUAUGCUGCCCCUGGGACUCGAGCGCUAAUAAAUCAUUAUUUAUACAGCUCUUGUGAUGAUAAAUACUCAAAUUGCGUUGUGACCCUCGAGGCCACAUUAAAGUCGAUCCUUCAAUGGAUUUUAUUGCCGUAUUAUCCUGUUAACAAACUCAACUCCUUUUUCAGACAGAUUUAUCAUUCAGUAUUCUCACCAUUAAUUAAUUUUUUUUUCUCGUUCGUGCAAUCGCAUGGAACUAUUCGAUAAAGAAUUUCCCCACAUUUUCUCUCCAUUCUUCGUUCAAUAUCACAAUUUUCACAAAAUAAAAGAGAAUCAAUGAUAAUGCACUAAUCGAAUGACACAACAAAGAACUGUUAACAAUAAUUGUGCCAAUGGAAAAUACUUGCCAUUAAUUAUGUGCCAAUUUUCGUGCCAAUUGCAAAAAGUGUUGAGGUGGCAGUGAGAGGGAGAGAGAUGAAGAUAUCACUCUUUGCGAUGGGUAUUUGUAAAUACGAUGAUGAUGCGUUUUAUUGUAUGAUAAAUUAAAACGACAAUGUGCAUUGGUUUCAUUGGAAAUUAACAAUCAUCAGCGCAUUGAAAUCGUAUCAAGUACAAUAUUAAUCAGGUUCACCUGAAACAUAUCUAACUUUGUAACUAAACUUUAGAUAAUUUACAUUAAUUACAGGAGAUGAGAAAACAAACGAAUGGAGAUGAUUAAAUUUAAGUCAGAUGGAUAUAAAAAAAAUCCGUGAAAAUCGACGAGAAAACUAGCAAAAAAAAAAUUAUGAAAAUAUUGGAGAACAUUGCAUGUUCUCGAGAAAAUGAGUAUGUACAGAGCAUUUGAAUCUUUCUUGUGAUAUAAUCGUGCGUUGUCGAAUUAAAUGAAUGCUAAACAUUCCAUGUUUUUAUUAGAAAAAUGAUAUUAGUGAUUUCCAUUAAAUUGUGAGCAAUUAGUUGGGCUCAGAUUUGAGUCACAAACAAGGAAGACUACAAUUUUAUUGCUCGCAGUUACGAGUCGUUGUAAUUAUUUUAUUAUUGAAGAGAAAAAUACAGAAUUGCCACGAUCAUUCAAUCGAUCGAGGUAGAAAAUUUAUUGACAAUUCGAUAUCAAAGAUUUCAUUCCCAACAUUUUCAACGUGAAAAAAAAGAAAUAGAGAGCGGCGUAGUGUGCUAUAUUAUACAUACAAUAUAUAAAUAUAAAUAUAAAUAUAUAUAUAUAUAUAAAUAUAUAUAGUUAGGAAACAAACCUGAGCCCUUAUUUUGACUCAUAAAAUAACUAUAGAGAAGUUUACUCUCUAGAUUAUAUUAAUUAAGAAUGAAAAAAACAAUUAUAAAUUAAUAUCUUUAUUUAUAAUAAAAUAUAUCUAGAGCGAUGAGUAGAAAAUGGUCUUUUCUACCAAGAAUUUCUGUGCCAACUGUGAAAUAAUGUUGUAGAAAUUUUUUUUUUUAUUUCUCAAGUUGAAGAGCUAAAGUAUGGAAGAAAAUCGGAAUCGACGAAAACCAUCAUUCUAAUCUUGUAAGAUACUCAGAUCUAUCUUUAUUGAAAUAUAUUUGAAUUCUAGUAGUAUAUUGUAUUCCGAAAAAAAAUAUUAAUACGUUUCAUUUUUGUAUAUUGGUGUGUGAUAAAUAAAGUAAAUAAGAAUAUUGUUUCUAAGUAAACUUUUCGAUCGACAA